UCCUCUGUUCAAAUAGAGAGAUGGGUGAAAAGGGUCGGAGCUUAACUGUGGAUCCGAGUGUGCCCCGAUGGGUCUGCCAGAAUUGCCGCCACUCCCUUUGCAUCGUCGGCGCCGAUUCCUACGCCGACAAAUUCUUCAAUGAUUUCUCUCGUUCUGGCAUGCAGGGGUCUUCGAUGCAUGGGGCGAACAGCGUGUUGGCAUCGAAGAUGGACAAUUCGUUUGUUGUGUUACCGAAGCAGAGACCUCAGGCACAGGGAGUGCCUCCUCGUCCCCGUGGUGGGGCAGGCAAUGCAAGCCAGACGGGGAAGGCAAUGGAUGAGUCCUUUGUGGUCGUUUAUAAAUCUGAGUCAUCGGUGGAUGGCGGUGGGGCCCAAUCGCCAUCACCAGAUGGCGGGCCGAAUGGUCCUUCACAGCCUAACAAUUCAGGGUUUCACUCGACUAUAACUCUCCUGAAACGGGCAUUUGAAAUUGCCACCACGCAAACGCAAGUUGAACAACCUUUAUGCCUUGAAUGCAUGAAGGUAUUGUCCGAUAAACUUGACAAGGAAGUGGAAGAUGUGAAUAGAGACAUUACGGCAUACGAGUCCUGUCUUAAGCGGUUGGAGGGUGAAACAAGGGAAGUUCUUAGUGAGGCUGAUUUUCUCAAGGAAAAGCUAAAGAUUGAGGAAGAAGAAAGAAAACUUGAAGCAGCAAUUGCAGAAAUGGAGAAACAGAAUGCAGAAGUAAAUGCUGAACUGAAGGAACUUGACUUAAAAUCUGGGCGAUUUAAGGAAUUAGAGGAGCGGUACUGGCACGAGUUCAACACUUUCCAGUUUCAAUUGAUCUCAAAUCAGGAAGAGAGAGAUGCAAUUUUGGCCAAGAUUGAAGUGUCACAGGCACACUUAGAGUUGUUGAAACGAACUAAUGUGCUCAAUGAUGCCUUUCCUAUCUGGCAUGAUGGAGAAUUUGGAACCAUUAACAAUUUUCGGCUUGGACGACUUCCCAAAAUUCCGGUCGAAUGGGAUGAGAUAAAUGCUGCCUGGGGUCAAGCCUGCCUUCUCCUCCAUACGAUGUGUCAAUACUUCCGGCCAAAAUUUCAAUAUCGAAUUAAAAUACUUCCUAUGGGUAGCUAUCCUCGGAUUAUGGACAGCAACAACAAUACGUAUGAACUGUUUGGUCCUGUGAACUUGUUUUGGAGCACUCGUUAUGACAAAGCAAUGACACUGUUCUUGACAUGCCUUAAGGACUUUGCUGAGUUUGCAAAUUCUAAGGACCAAGAAAACAACAUACCACCUGAAAAAUGUUUUAAAUUGCCGUACAAAAUUGAGAAUGAUAAGGUGGAAAACUAUUCUAUCACUCAGAGCUUCAAUAAGCAGGAGAAUUGGACCAAAGCUCUCAAGUACACCCUAUGCAAUUUGAAAUGGGCUCUCUAUUGGUUUGUUGGAAAUACAAACUUCCAGCCUCUUUCUGCACUGUCAUCACAUUCUGAAGUUCCAGGUGUGAGCUCUUUGUAUACAAGACGUGGUCCCGACACCAAGUUGGAGUUCCGAAACUCAUCACCCAUGACGUAGAUAUCGAAUAUACAGCUUGUGACAUGUAUGUAUAGCAACACAUAGUUUAGUACUUUAGUCUUGUGCAGUUUAUAUUGUAUUGUAAUACUUGAUGGAAAUAAUCAAAGUAUUGGAGCAAAAGAUUGCUGUUUUCUUGUGC